AUGGGGCCUUGGUUAUCUUCAUCUCUUGUUGAUCUUCUUCCCACCUCGGGAGCUGCUCCGCUCAGACGUCCUUCACCAAAAAUUGAGAUCUUUCAUCGGAAUCAAGAUUCAGACCACCUCCAGAAAGAAGCUGGAUAUCAUCUUCUGCUCGAGUUCUGGGAUUUAGAGUUUGUCAAUGGCAGAGAUAGCUGCUUUAGCUGCUGCAGUUCAACUGGUCGCUCCUCCACUAGGAGAGUUGGUGGGUUUCGGGCUUACAGAGUCAAGGUCUUGCCUUGGCAACAAAUUGCAUCUUCCAAACAAUUGGAUAAAAGACACAGAGCACUGAACCAAGCCCUACCAUGGCUACUUGCUUUGCGAAGCGACAAACACAAGGAAGUUGAGACACAAAGUCAUAAAGAUACAACUAAUGUCUACAACUUAUGGGUGAACAGAAUAUCUAAAAUUGAGGCAGAAGUGGCUUCAUUGAAUAACAAAUAUGAAGAAUUGAAGAAAAAGAAAUUGCGUAGUUGGAAGAGAUCAAAUCUCAGUGAAAAGAUGGCAAUGAAGCUCAAAGAAGCAGUUGAACUUUCAGAUCAACUUCCGAAUGAUAUUCUAGUUGACAAACCGCCAGAGCCAAUCUUAAAGGUGUUCAAUAUCCCACAAAUUAAAAGCUAUCCAACUCUUCAAGGUGCCUUGGAAGAAAUUCUGCAAUUGCUAAAAAAUGAUAGAGUGAAAUCCAUUACUGUUUGUGGUCAUAAGGGGACUGAAGCUGAAAUUCAACAGAGAAUUGCAAAUCGACUGUUGGUGGAAAGAGACGGGUUUGACUUUGCUGAAUUGGCUAGAAGACUGCAUAGAGAGUUGGAGAAGAAAAGAUAUUUGUUGAUUUUAGAUGAAGUUGUGCACCAGAUUGAUCUAAAAUCUUUGGGAAUUCUAAAUGACAAUAAUGGCAGUAAGGUCAUAAUCAUCACUCGAUAUUCAUGGGUUUGCAAGUCAUAUUUGGUGGAUAGGCAAGUUAGGCUCCCCUUGUUGGUACUUGAUGAUGAAGCAUGGAAGAUGUUUCAAGACAUUCUUGGUCUUGUUAUUGAUACGCUAGGUAUUCGACACAUUGCUCGACGUAUUUGUAAGCAGUGCUCUCGUCUUCCCCUUCUCAUACAUAAGAUUGCAAGCUCUUUUAAACAUAAAGAAACGACUUCUAGCUGGCAGGCAGGUCUGGAUGAUUUCAAGCCAUGGCCUCAACUCGGAAUUGAAGGCUUAACAGAGUUAUAUUCAUGUUUGGAAUUUUGUUAUGAUCAGCUUAAAGAGAAGAAUAAACAAAAAUGCUUCCUAUAUACUUCACUAUGUCCUGUAGAUAGCAAGAUAGACACUGAUUAUUUAGUGGAGAGUUGGAUAGCUCAACGCUUUCUUGGUGAUGUUAAUGCAACAAUCAAAUAUCAAGGGUCCCUUACAUCCGACAAGCUUUUCCAAGUUACAUGCUUUAACAUUGAAGAGCUGUCUGAUCAUGAGAAGUGUCUUUUUCAAGGUACCAAUUCAAGAUUUUUCAGAACUUCAAAAUUAGUAGUUGAAGAUUGUGCAAUAAUUGAGGUUCUCAUUAUGCUGAGAGAGGUCACUGAAAGGGAGUGGAAUCUACUUCCAAAAUUGAAGGUGAUAAUAUUGGCCAACUUAUCAAAAUUGAAAACCAUAUGCCUAAAUGAAAAUUUGGCAUGGCCUUCUUUGGAGCUAUUACAUAUACAGAAUUGUCCAGAGUUGAGAUCUUUAGCUUUCAACAUGACCAAUGCAGCUAAUCUAAGAACUAUCAAAGGUGAUCGAGGAUGGUGGAGCAAUUUGGAUUGGACAGAUAACCAGGUUCAAGAACGAUUUCGAUAUGCAUUUUCAUCUUCAACUUGA